CCAGCCAUGAAUGACGAUGCCUUGGAUAGUCCUGCAGCCUUUGACAUGUGCUGGUCUGUCUUUGAAAAUAGCAACACACAGAGACCACAGCAUGAUAUGGAACAGACACUGUCUGCCAUUAUUAUUGAACUUGACCUUGCUCAGAUUCACAGUUUGCUCGGUAACAUCCAUUCUGGACUUCUUGCAGAAACAACAGGUUCGGUCCGAUUUGCGCUCUUGUUGAAUUUCAAACGGAUGAUUCUGGAUGCCAUUUUAAAAAUAUGGCCAUUGGAGAAAUUACAAAACUGUCUUUCAAUCCUACAUCCCAUGGAAUGUGUCUACAUGAUCUUGAAUAGCACUUUUGUUCUCUCUGCUGCAGACACAGAUGCUAUUGCCAGUCUGUUUGGAAAUGAUUUUAUAAUGGCUUACACGGUCUUUAGGUACAUUCUGCUGUGGAUCAACUGGAAAAUUCAUGACCCCUCACAGCACGACGAAUGGUAUUAUGAGGCCUAUUUUAGUGAUUUUUCCAAAGAUGAGCGCAAACGGGUCAUGUCAUCCAUUGGAUCAGAUAUCUUGCGGUAUGUUGAAACACAUCCAGACGAAAUGUUACGAACUGUUGUGGAUUCGUUCAAGGAAAUUGUGCCUCUGCUUGAGGGUGAUCAUCUUAUUAUAUUUUGGAAGUUUUUUCAGAAGCUGCAGAGCAACGAGAAUGUCCCCAUGGAUGCAUCAUACACGCUAGACAAUUUUUACUCUAAACUCUCUUCACAACAGAUUAGACGGUGCUUACUCUUUCAACGUCCAUCAUUAAUACAUUCUCCAAAUAUGGCGUAUGCAAUUGCCGAUACUCCAUUUUCGGCCACAUCUCCAGUUGUCACAGAUCCAGAUGGAUGGGAAAUGCUUUGCACGUCUAUCCACGAGUAUGUUGGUCAUAGAUAUGAACAAUCGACAGCUCUGGGUGAUCAGACGCUCCAGGACGCCCAAGAUUUGAUUACUAUAUUAUUCUAUCCCGAAGCAGAUCCUUUCCAUCAAGAAAUAUCCUUAAUGGACAAGAUUGUCCAUUUUGCCCCAAAUCCGGUAAAGUGUAUUUUUUCCAUACUAAAUUCGUCAAUGAUUACUUCUCAGGAUCAACGAACAAUGCUGCUGCGUAGUUUUGUGCUACACUGGGCAUUGUUUGCGUUUUUAAGAGCGCGAGGGUGUCGGACUCUUAUAGAUCUUGAUCAAGCCAACGAUUAUAUUGUACAAGAAUUCGGUCCGUCUACAUUGGCUUUGCAUAUGGAUAUAGAUACAUACAAAGCACUGCCAAUACUCAAAUCACUUGCGCAAUGGAUUAAUGAGCUUGGGGCAACACAUCCUUACACUCUUCCUCUUUCUACUCUUUUGAAAGAAGCAAUAGCCCAGGGAUCCUUGAGCGCCUGCACUCCACCACCCGAAGCACAGCCGAGAUCAUCUCUUUCCAUUGUGCAUCGAUCGUCAACACACUAUCCAACAGUCUAACCAAAAGGCGUUUUACGUAAUCACCCAUUGAUUAAAACGGUAGAUUCCAACCUUUUACACUCUAAUAUGAACGAGUAGUAUCAUGUCUUAAUCAUCUUUACUUAUAUUUCUAUUACAAUCCAAUGUGUGUUUUGUGCAUAUCUUGCUUUUUUAUUAUUUUGCAAAUAAAAAUAUCAACUUGCACCUUCACA